AUGGCCUCCCAGGCGAAUACAGUAUCAUCAGAUAUUCUUUCAGCUAUUCGGCAUGCACUGCUUGAUUCGGAUUCGCGGCUCUCAUACGCCUCCAUGCAAGUGUCUGAGCAUUCGAACAAUGCAGACCUGUCAUCGGUUCCCAAUUCCCAACCGACCUCCGCCAUCGAACACUCUCCCACUGCUGUAACGCGCGCAUCUAGCUCAGCGCGCCGUGCUGCUCUUUUACACACUACAGCCUCGAAUUUGGCCGCCAAGCAUGGUCCACCGCGGCUCAGUCUCAUCAAAACGGCGCCAGCGGCGAGUCUUUCGGGCAUGGUAGAAGAAACACCGAGCCAAGUGCGGAGCAAGAUGUACAAUUCCUUCAGUGUAAUAGAAGAUAUCAAUGGCGACACGCAGCCGAUCGAGUCGCAACUGUUCCAAGACUACGCAAAAUCACACGUUUCAGAAAUUGCACCCUUCAUUGAACCAGAUGAGGUUAAUUAUGCGGAAGAGGAUGAGAGCGACGGCGGCCCAUUGUACAAUGAAGACGAGGCCUUGAGCCAGGAAGCCGAUCUGCCGACAAGUUGGGAUGAUGUGAAUGGUGUUCAUGUGUCCAGUUAUGAACUUACGGCGGGAGAACUGAGUCCACAGGCCGAGUCUCGCAUACAGCAUUCCAUGUCGCAAGGUUCACCGCCUAGCUCAUCGCCAAAAUUCGUUGUGCCAAAGACUCCGGCGAUUGCAGGCCAUAAAAGGAAUUAUGAUGGAGAUUUACUCCUCACGUCGGCUACAAAAACUACACCAGGGUCUGCUUUCGGAAACGCGUUUGGAAAGUCAAAGACCGGAGUGUCGCUGACGCAGAUGUUCGAUGCAACGCAAGCAGAAACGCCCACCGCGAAUGACUUAAAAUCAGACCCUAUCUUUCUUCGCCCGUCGCCGAACUUUGGAGAGGCGCGAUCGUCUCCUAUGCAAUGGCCAGCAUCGUCACCUGUGAAGAAAUUUGGGAGUGUUUCAGCCCGCGCGACAACAGAACCACGAGACUCCUACCUAGCCAUGAAAGAGUCACAAGAGCUGCGAGAGCGUCGCAGGAGGAGAGAAGAAGAACUCGAGCGCUUGCGGUCUGACGCGGAUAUGGAGUCGGAUGAUAUGCUCUCACGCGAAGAGAGAUUGGCACAACGUCGAAGGCAAAGGACUGAGCUCAAUAAGCAGGCUUUGCAGGAGGCUUCUCUCACGGCCCCUCAGAGGCAGACGAGCUCCCACCGCAAGACACGAUCUCUCAUAUCGAGCGAGGCUCAUUACGUGACCCCAGGUCGAUCAUUGAAGAGGCAGGCUACGAGACAAGUGAUUGAGAUUUCAGAUGGGGACGAUAGUUCCGUAUCUUCAGAAGAUGAGCUAGCAGACGACCUACCAACAAGUUCUUUUCAUUCUCAGUCCGAGGAGCAAGUGCAGCGCUCUGUACAAGUUCCUAUGACUUCGUCCCGACCGAAAAUAUCAUCUGGUAAACAGCUUGAAAGCAGCCCUCCCACUACACCACCUCUCGAUCGUAAUAACAACGAAACACCCAGUAAGCUCUCACAGAAAGCAUCACAAACCCUAAGAAGAAGAACAGUAUCUGGCUCACAAACCGUGGCCGUCGCUGAUUCUCAGCCUACUCGUUCGCAACAAGACGGCCUUCGAAAGCCUGCACGAUUGAUUGAUGAGAGCUCUCUGGGUUCAAGGUCGCGAAUCGGUCAAUCUCAGCCAUCUCUUACAUCCAGUCAGGCAGAUCAAGCCGCAGAUCGCCUUAAAACGAAGAGCUCUUCGUUUCCGAAACCACCGCCGCUUGAUAGCUCGCAGCAUGUUGCCAAUACUCUUGGCAGAGUGCCAAGUAGCCCACCUAUAUUGAACACCGAAAUCUCCGUCGAAACCCAAGACUUGGUCGUUCGAGACCCGAUCCUGAAAUUGGACAUAAACGGCAAAUAUGUUGACAAUGUUGAUCAAGUAUUGACUAAGUCUCCCGUAGCAGAUGACGUUGAUGAUGUCGACCCACUUGCAAACAACAUUCCUACUGAGAAAGAAUCAUCUCCUGUACGACCAAGACGGAGAGCAUCACAACCAAUGAGAGUUAACGUCAGGGACGAUGCGGUAGACGAAGCACAGCUUCUGAAAGGGAUCCACCAAGACCCUACUACACCGACUGAAGCAACCAUGGACUCCCAUUCCAAUCUUGUAUCUUCCAGACCGAAUGGAGAGGCUGGAACUAACAGCCAUACCACAGGGCAAUAUCAGACCGCGCAUUCCCAUCUAACUGGAUCCCCCAACAGGAAAUCUACAGGUAGCCAGCGCCACAGCCAGCCAUCUUAUCUUAGCCAAAAGACUCCCCAAAUCAGUCAAAAAACGCCGCAGCUCACACCAUUGCGGAGCAUGAAGGAUAUUGCCGCUGACAAGAGUCCUGGUAAAGUCGACACACAAGACAUGGACUUCGACGAUCUCAUCUCAGCCGAUACCCGGGCCUUCAUCGAACUGACGUCAGCUAGCUCUCCCAAGAGGCCAACCAAAAGGAGGCGUGUCGUUUAUGGAAAGAAAGGCAAUGCGUGGGGUCUACCUUCUCCCCGGAAGGCAAACUUAGAGUCGCUCGUCAGAUCGAAAAGUCCUCCCCGGGAUGGGAGUGAGGAUGUAGACACUAAUCAAUCUGAUCAGCUUACUGUUGAGGAAGAUGAGGAAAUGUUCAGUUUGCCUGCUUUACCGAAAAAAACGGCUGUUCUUGUAUCGCAUGGUCCAGGUCGUUUGCCGACAAUGAACAGGCCUGUGGUUACAGAUCUAGGCUCUGGCAGUGCCGCUCGUCGUGGUAAGAAGCGCAGGCCUCCCUCGAUAGCUGAGACUCCUCAAUCCAAGACGGCUACUGUUUCCGAUGGCGCCGACGCUCUACCGCAGACGGACGAAGUCUCGGUAUUCAUUCAGACUGAGCAUGCAAAGCCAAAUGCUCACAGUGAGCCACAUAGAUCGACCUCUCCUGGCGAGAACGCAGAUGACAAUGAGCCCGAGCUUAAUAUCGACGAUGAUAACACUCUCACACCGAACCGCGUCUUUGCGCGGUUCAAUGGUGGUCCUGGUGGUAACAUGAGCUACUGGCCAGCAACAUGCAUCGGAUCAGAGGGCAAGCGUUACAAGAUUCGUUUCGACGACGGUACUCAAGACCUGGUCGAAGGAAUGCAUGUUCGAAGUCUCGAUCUUCGACAUGGAGAUGUGGUCAAAGUUGACGUAACAGGCAUGCGGCAAAAGACGUAUGUGGUCCUCGGCCUAAAUGGAAGAAUCACUAGUGCACAAGCAACAGACCUUAAGUCCUUUCCCCUAACAGAUCGAUGUGGGUACGAAAAAGUUGUGCUUGAAGUAAAGGCACGCGACAGCAUCUCAGAUAACAAGAAGACUAAACGCCACAUCGUUGCUCUCACAAAUGUUUACCUCACCAGUACUAUGUGGCCCCGGUUCAAGGAACGUCUUUUUAAUCCUGUCUCGGCUGCAACGUCUGGUACCACCACGGACCCACGUCCUGGUACGCCCGUCAGUGCUAGCAUUUCUGCAAUAUCACCCCAGUCUCGCUCUCGUCGCCCAGCCAGAAACUAUCAGGAGCUUACAACAUCUGACGCGCUGCACCUAGCGCCAACUCCUGAGCCCACAUAUGACGGGAUCUUCGCUGAGAUGGGCUUUGGCAUCACCUUCGCCUCAGGAGCGCAUAAAGAGCACCGUGACACUGAUCGCGAGACCCUUGAAAGAUUGAUUUUGUCUCAAGGCGGUCGCAUCAUCGGUCCAGACAUGGCGUCGAUGUUCAACGUUCCUGACUCUCCCACUCCUGGAUCGGUACCGUUCAUUCUAGAGCACAGAUAUGCCUCGCUCAAAUUUGUGGCUGUUCUCGCGAAUACUCACGGUCAUCGCGCAAAGUACAUACAAGCUCUCGCUCUCGGCAUCCCAUGUCUAUCCGCUCGCUGGGCACACGACUGCGUACGUCAUGCUCGAAUUCUUCCGAUAGGUGCGUACCUGUUGCCUGCUGGACAUAGCCGACUUCUUGGCACUAUACGCUCCCGCACUUUGCCUGCGCCGAUUUGCUACGAUCCUACGGCACCAGAGGCGUAUCUGUCGAGUGUCCUGGCGCGACGUGACAUGCUGCUUGACCAGAAGACCGUUCUACUCAUCACAGGUAAGGCAAGCGCGGAACGUCUAGGCGCCUACAGGUUCCUGAGCUUGGCGCUAGGUGCCGUGAGCGUGGCGAGUGUCAGCGAUAUUAGUGAGGCUAGAAAGAAACUUCGCGGUGUCGACAGUGACGUUUCAGCACCUCGGGACGGGCCUAAGCAUUUCGAUUGGAUUUUUGCGGACGAGCACAUGGUGGAUAACGCCGUGAUGGCUCUUCUGGAUGAACCCGAUACGAGAUUAUCUUUAGCUCGCACUGGAGCAUCGAAAGGAACUUCGAGGAAGCAAAAGCUCAUGGCAGAUACAACAGGCGUGCCGGAGCUACGAAGGGGCAAACUCGCAGGAAAGGUAGUCAGGGUUGCGAGCGAUGAGUUCCUCAAGCAAAGUCUGAUCCUAGGCGCGUUGCUGGAGGAGUAAGGAGUCAAGCAUAUGCAUCAAGGCGGCCUAUGUGGUUACAUGCAGUAUGGAGGUUGCUGUGUAUGGAUACGUAAUCAUUUUCGAGAAGUAAUGUUUAGAGAAGUGCAUGGGACAGAUGAACCUGCACAGUGGAGCAUUUACCACAACAUAUACCCUCGCAUUAGAUGACAGCAUAGCAUAGUAUUCGCAGCGAAGAUGAGAUAAAUUCUGU